GGGCGGGGCCGGCUGUUGGCGGCGGUUGGGCCGGCCCAGGUGGCGGCUGCACGUGCACGCGGCGGCGAUGCGUCACUGAUCCGUGAGGUGCCGCCGAGGGGUCGCCCUCCGUCCGGAGUCUGCGGCUGGCCCCCUUCUCAGAGGAACUAGGAUGAAUAUGACUCAAGCCCGAGUUGUGGUGGCUGGAGUGGUGGGUCUGGUGGUUGUCCUCCUCUACGCUUCCAUCCACAAGAUCGAGGAAGGACACUUGGCUGUGUACUACAGGGGAGGAGCUUUACUAACUAGCCCCAGUGGACCAGGCUAUCAUAUCAUGUUGCCUUUCAUUACUACCUUCAGAUCUGUGCAGACAACACUGCAAACUGAUGAAGUUAAAAAUGUGCCUUGUGGAACAAGUGGUGGGGUCAUGAUCUAUAUUGACCGAAUAGAAGUGGUUAAUAUGUUGGCCCCUUGUGCAGUGUUUGAUAUCGUGAGGAACUACACUGCAGAUUAUGACAAGACCUUAAUCUUCAAUAAAAUUCACCAUGAACUGAACCAGUUUUGCAGUGCCCACACACUUCAAGAAGUUUACAUUGAAUUGUUUGAUCAAAUAGACGAAAACCUCAAGCAAGCUCUGCAGAAAGAUUUAAAUGUCAUGGCCCCAGGCCUCACCAUACAGGCUGUGCGUGUUACAAAACCCAAAAUCCCAGAAGCCAUAAGAAGAAAUUUUGAGUUAAUGGAAGCUGAGAAGACAAAACUUCUUAUAGCUGCACAAAAACAAAAGGUUGUGGAGAAAGAAGCUGAGACAGAGAGGAAAAAGGCUGUUAUAGAAGCAGAGAAGAUUGCACAAGUGGCAAAAAUUCGGUUUCAGCAGAAGGUGAUGGAGAAAGAAACUGAAAAGCGCAUUUCUGAAAUUGAAGAUGCUGCGUUCCUGGCCCGAGAGAAGGCGAAAGCUGAUGCUGAGUAUUAUGCCGCACACAAAUAUGCCACCUCAAACAAGCACAAAUUGACCCCGGAAUACCUGGAGCUCAAAAGGUACCAGGCCAUUGCUUCUAACAGUAAGAUCUACUUUGGCAGCAACAUCCCUAGCAUGUUCGUGGACUCCUCUUGUGCUUUAAAAUAUUCACAUGUUAGGACUGGAAGAAAAAGCUCUCUCCCCUCUAAGGAGGCUCUUGAGCCCUCUGGAGAGAGCCCCAUCCAAAACAAGGAGAGCACAGGUUGAUGCAACAGGUGGAAAUGUUCUCCCAUAUCAAGAUGUGGCCCAAGGGGUUAAGUGGGAACAAUGGUUAUACGACUCUUCAGAUUUACAGAGAACUCAUGCUCCGUCUGUUCUGCCUUUGCUGUGGUAGUCCUGGUUUAUCAGCUGAUUGCAGGAUAGAGCUAGCUGUCUGGCACCCACAUGGUCUUUUCAGCUACGGUUUUAUCAAAUAUCCUGUGUGUGUUCCUUUCUAAACUGGUACUCAUGAAUGAGGGAUAGUCUGAUGCUAAGAUACUGCCUGCACUGGAAUGUUAAACACUAAGUAUUUAAUAAGCUGUGUUUUUCUAAGCUGAGGUCUAUUGGAUAAUGUUUACAUUGGUCCCUGGGGAAAUGUGUGCUCAGCCAUUCAAGAGGUAGGAGGUCAGAGAGAAGACAGCCAUGAUGUGGUAAGUGUAAAGAAGACUGAUUGUGCCGGGACCCAGCUCUUACUUUGGGGUCCAGUCCCAGCAUUCAUCCAUGUGAUUAGCAUCUAAUCUGCUGAAGUGUCCCAGGAAAUGAUCUUCCACUUGAGCAACCAUUUACUUGAUAUGAUUCACACCUUUUUGUUUUUCUACAGUAAAGAUGGUGGCUUGCUGGGACAUGCACCUUGCCACCCAAUCAGAGAUUCUUCAUAGAGAUUCCUAAUCAUUAGUUUAUUGCAUUAGUAGGCCCAGAGAUAGAGCUUAGUUUGAAGUUUUGGGUGAGAUGAAACCUUUGAACCAAAGCUCUGGGGGCCGUGCACACCCCUGCAUUGGGUGAUGGCUGUCUGUGUCACUGCCCCAGGCCAUGUGUGACUAAGGUGCCUGGUUUUUAGCCACAGACAACUUCUUAUAUGUCACCUCUCAGCUCUGGCCAAGAGUGGAACAGGACUUUAACCAGAAAUAGGAGCAGCAUCCAGUUCCCAGAUGUUCACUGCACAGUAUUGUAUCAUAACUGCAGGAAGUUUUUAUUUUUAAAACUGGAUUUGGGGUACAUUCAUUUGCCCCAGUACCUCUGCCUAAAGGUCAAAUCCUGGGGCUGCCAUGGUUACUGGCCCACGGAUUCUCCUUCCCAAUAUUGUUCAGGAGCCUACAGGGUGGAACAAGAAGUAACCUAGAAAGCAUCCUUGGUCAUCUUUGUCUCCUUCCCUCCUGGCCCUGAGAUGCUGAAAUCUAAGUUGUUCCCCCAGCUUUCACCUCACCUAGGAGAUCAGGAUUAUUCCACUGACUUCCUGGGCAGCCAGUGGAUUUAAACUUCAUGAGAGGAUGACAGAGUUAGCCUGUGGCUAUGGGAGAUCUGUUUCAGUUGGACCUUUUUUUACCUUAAGAUUAACUUCCUGAAUCAGUGUGCCCUGUAGUUAGGCCUGAGUUUAUGCAGUUUAAGACACCUUUUGUGUACACUAUAUUCAAGCCAGACAGAAAAGUCAUGGACCACUUCCAGAAAACUUCAAGCUAACUGUCAGUCUCAUGACAGCUUGUGGGUUGUGCCAAACACUUAAUAUGGGAAAGGAACCCCAGAUUUGAGGUCUUUUCCCUGGGCCUUAUCCUAUAAAGGCGUUUGUAAUAUGGAAAGAGUAAUUUUUUUUGUUUUUGCUCAUUUAAUUAUACACAUUCUCUUUAUGAAUGAAUUUUGUGUUUUCUAGCCCUCUUUAAAAGAUCUUUGAAAUGAUAUAAUAAACUCUUUACCUGUCAUAUAUUGUUGCUGCAUAUAAAUAAUGAUUGUUGUGGGAAAUCUGGAUCAUUGACCUUUGUGCUUUUCUUCCUAGAGAUAUUUCCUAUUCCCAUGAGCUAAAAGCUGUUGCCCCAAAGUGAUGGAUGUGGGUUUUCUUACAAGCCACAAGCCCUGGUGGCAGAGUUGAGAGACAGGGAAGUAGUGCUGUGAAGGUCUCAAGAAAGGACUUCUACUUAAACUCUCCAGUGUACUUGGAGUGUGUUUCCCUGUGCUCACUGAAGCUCUCAGUCUGCCCCCACCCCCUCUUCAGGGAUGUUCCUUUUGGUAAUCUUGAAGUCUUAAAUUUAUAUGUGAAAUGCUACCUUUUUUAAAGAAGAAACUAAAUAAAAUUAUUUUACUAUCA